CCCUCUCGCUCUUUCUCUCUCUCUCUCUCUCUCUCUCCCUUUAUUCCACCCCUCCCUUGCUUUCAACUGCACAUCAGUUUCGGAAAGAAUUAGCAGCCGUGGACAAAACAGUUGAAAACAAGUGCGCGAGGAGGUUCCAGUGUGGAAGGCAGAGAGCAUAUCUAGGACUUUCUCCUCCUUUAUAUCACCCCAAUGUUCCCCUGACAUCCAAAAAGCCCCAUAUGGUAGUUUUGAGUCAGUUCAGUUCAACCAUAGCAAACCUGAGACAGAGAUGACCACAUCUCCUGCUUAUUUACCCAGUGAAGGUCUUUGAAUUGGCUUGAUAGUUGUUCCUUGUAAAUUGAAAGACCUAUUUGGCCCUGUCAGCUCCUUCUGGUUCGUCUUCCUCCCUCCAUACCGAGCCAGGAUGAGUGAGUCACAGGAAGCGUCCUCUCCUGUGGCCGGCAUUGGCGGCCCCGCUGCCUGUGUGACCAAAGUGGAGCUGCGUGUGUCCUGCAAGUCCCUGCUGGACCGAGACACACUCAACAAGUCAGACCCUUGCGUCAUGCUCAUGGUCCAAGCCCAAGGCCAGUGGACCGAGCUGGAUCGCACAGAAGUCAUCAAGAGUAACCUGAACCCAGUCUUUGCCAAAGUCUUACUGCUGGACUACUAUUUCGAGGAGGUGCAGAAGCUGCGCUUUGAGGUAUACGACAUUCAUGGAACCCACAGCAUUGGAACUCGUGAUGACGACUUCCUGGGUGGUGUGGAGUGCACACUUGGCCAGAUAGUGGCUCAGAAAAAGAUGGUGAAGCCUCUGUUACUGAAAUACGGAAAAUAUGCUGGAAAAUCCACCAUUACGAUUCACGCUGAGGAGAUUUCUGGCAACAACGGAUACGUUGAACUCUCCUUUUGUGCCAAGAAGUUGGAUGAUAAGGAUCUCUUUAGCAAGUCCGACCCCUUCUUGGAGAUUUAUCGGGUCAAUGAUGACGGGACAGAACAGCUUGUACAUCGGACUGAAGUGAUCAAGAACAACCUGAACCCUGUUUGGGAGCCCUUUAAAGUCUCCUUGAUCUCUCUAUGCAGCUGCGACGAGGACAGAAAGUUAAGGUGCCUAGUGUGGGAUUAUGACUCCAGGGGGAAGCACGACUUCAUCGGCGAAUUCUAUGCCACGUUCAAAGAAAUGCAGAAAGUUUCUGGAGGGAACAAGGUCACUUGGGAAUGUGUCAACCCAAAGUACAAACUAAAGAAAAAGAACUACAAAAACUCUGGCCUGGUCAUUCUCACUGAUCUCAAGCUUCACAGACUCUACUCUUUCCUGGACUACAUCAUGGGGGGAUGCCAAAUACAUUUCACAGUUGCCAUUGACUUCACAGCAUCAAAUGGAGACCCCCGCAAUAGCUGCUCACUGCACUACAUCAACCCAUACCAGCCAAACGAAUAUCUGAAGGCUUUGAUAGCUGUGGGCGAGAUCUGCCAGGAUUAUGACAGUGACAAAAGAUUCUCAGCUUUGGGCUUCGGUGCAAGAAUUCCACCCAAUUAUGAGGUGUCGCAUGACUUUGCCAUCAAUUUUAAUCCAGAUGAUGAUGAAUGUGAAGAAAUUCAGGGGGUGGUAGAAGCUUACCAGAACUGCCUGCCCAAGAUUCAGCUCUAUGGCCCCACUAAUGUGGCCCCCAUUAUCAACAGAAUAGCCAAGCAGGCAGCUGGGAAGGAGCCCAUCAAAGACGCCUCGCGAUAUCACAUCCUGCUGAUUCUCACGGACGGGGUAGUGACUGACAUGGCGGACACACGAGAGGCCAUCGUGAGGGCGUCUUACCAGCCUCUGUCCAUCAUCAUUGUGGGGGUGGGCAAUGCCGACUUUACCGACAUGCAAAUCCUGGAUGGAGAUGAUGGGGUCCUGCGUUCCCCCAAAGGAGAACCUGUCCUGAGGGACAUUGUGCAGUUUGUACCCUUCAGAGACUUCAAAACGGCUUCUCCUGCUGCCCUGGCAAAGUGCGUUCUUGCAGAGGUGCCCAAACAGGUAGUGGAGUACUUCAGUCACAAGGUCAUUCCGCCCAUGUGUCCUGUGUUGGAUUCUACUCCAAACUCCAUCGCCAACACCCCAGAUUAACAAUUCCAUCCUGAGCCCUGACCUCCAUUGGGACCCUGCGCACCCCCCACUACUGGACCAAUGAAAGCAUGGUCAGGGGAGGGCCACCACGGAGGAAAACCACCACCAACACCACAAAAAAACACUAUAUUGUUGUGCCGAUUGCCAUUUUCCCCUGUUCGUAAAUAAGGUGUUUAUACAGACUGAAAGGACAGGUUUGAAGGCUGAAUUUUUGUCCUGGGUCUGGCGUUGUGCCUGCUUGAGCCUUUUCCCCUCCGCCUGCUGUACAGAGCCAUUGCAUGAGGACAUUUAGGCCAGUAAUCUGCACAUGCCUCGCACCAGAGUCCUAGACCUCUGACUGCCGCUGGCUCUCUACAACUGCUCCGCAAAGGCCAUCUCUGCAUUUUUUUUUAAAAUCCUAUGCCUUUCAGGACUCUUUCAGGCUUCGCCCCGCCCGCCCUGCUGUGCUCAUCUUCUUCUCUGGCCCUUUUUUUUAUUUACCUCUGAGCUCCAGGCUUUUUGCUGGCCUUUCAUCAUCCUGCUUUUGGCAGCUACUUAAAGGAUUUUGUGUGAAGAGAAUGGAUGGUCAUUACCCAAACUUACCUGAGAACACAUGAAGCAAAAUCGUCUUAAGAGAAUCCGUAAUGUGUAGAUGUGUCUCACAGAUAAUAGCAUGCUCAUUAGUUCUGAAAACAUCCAAUCUGCCUGCACUGGACUGGCAUAUUUUGUAAAUCUGAAACAAGCAGAUUCCUUUCUACACUUCACAUUGUGUUUGUGUUCAGGUUGAAGUUCUAGACGUCUCACAGGAGCAUCCCUGACGCUUUACCAAACCAAACAGUCUGUGUGGAAACCUUUCUCUACAAAUAAACCCUUCUCUCGCAUUUAGCCUCGAACAGCAUAGACUUCAGAUCCUUAUGAAAAUAUAUAAUCAAGCCCAGUGUAUUGUUAUUCUGUCUGAAGUCUGAACUGUGUAACUUAGUUGAUUGUUUCAGUUGCUGGCUAAUGUACUCUAUGCAUCAUAAUAAGUGACCUCAAAGAGGUGGCGGGUGUGGGGGGCACUGCCAAAUCCUAUCAUUCCUUACAGAGAUAUGCAGGCACACAGGCAACUAUUUCAAACACAUGAAGAAAACUGGCAGGUGGUGUUAAUUAUAAUAUGUUUGUUUUUCAAGGAAUUUUACAUGGUGGUGAAAUUUUCUGUAUACCACCACAAUUCCAAUAACACUGGGAAUUCAAGCUCAACCUAAAUUGGAAUAGAUGUCUAAAAUUUAGUUAAACUUUAGAACAUUUUCACUUUAAAUGUCUACUAUUACACUAUUACAUAUACACAUACUUAUGUGCUAUUAAGGGAAUAUUCCAGUAUUUUGCUUUAGCACCAGCCUAUUAACUUCUUCUCUAAAUGUGUUGUAUGUUAAUGUCUUUUACUGAGUGUAGGGAAAUUUUGAAAUGAAUGUCCCUGUAUACUAAAGGGACGGAAAAUAGAGAUUAUUUUGAAAAAUUGCUGGUUUAUUCUUCUCUUGGCAUACAUUCAGUUAGAAAUGACUCAGAUACAGCCUGAUUGUAAAAGAACUCUAUAGCAGGAACGCCAGAAUGCCUCGUCAGCCAUUAGGUACAAUAGCUAGCUGCUUAGCAGAAAGAUGUGAUCUGAUAAAGACAGGUGAUUCAAAAAGAUUAAUCUGAUUUCAAAAUUAUUUAUUUCACUGGUAAAUUAUUACAGAAUGUCAGGUGUCGCUGCACUCACGGCUCUUUCAGUGCGAUUUCGGAGAUCACCCAGUGCUGUGGAACCAGCCACAAACGCUCUGAGCUGCUGGAGCUUCACUGCACAUGAAAAUCACACUGCACAUUUAUGACGGAUUCACUCUUAUUGAAGCGGAGAAUGCAGAACCCUUUCUGCUCAGAGGUCUCCUCUCCUCUCAGAUGGAAGGGAGCCAUCUUCCACUGACAGUCAGGCACUCUAUGACUCCCUCUUUCAUUUGGAUUGUGAUUGGUUCCUAGACGCCUCACAGUUGUGAAAAUAUGACUCUUUGAAUUUAGACUAAUCUUUUUGAAUCACCCUGUACAUCUGGAAUCUGCCACAAACAUGGUUUCAAAAUUUCUCUAGGCUUAUGAACAACUGGAGUACAAUAGAUAACACAAGCAAAAUAAGCUAGCUAGCAAAACUCUGUUGUUAGCUAACAGAACUGAUUUUCUUUUGCAAAAGGUUGUUUAUUUUUACUGCAUGUAAUAUGUUUUCCGCUCACAUGACACACAUCUACAUGUUCUUUUGAAGUUUAUUGAUGGAACUUUUCAGUCAUGCUAAGAUUUUAGACUUUAGCCCAGAUUUCUUAUGGUUGUCCCCAGAUGUUCUUUUUAUGAAAUCACCACUGGCUCUGCAAGACUAGCUGCUUCGAUUUCCAACCUGAUGGAACUGUGAUGCAAGCAGUUUUGUUUGAAAAAUGGCAGUGACACAUAUCAGCUAAUGCAGCUAAGAAUGAGAUUUAGCUGGAUAUAUGAAAGGAACCGCACUGUCUUUUCAAAGGCUUGAAAUAAAGUUUCAUUUGUGUUUAAGGCGAUAUUACGGUACAGUAGAACAAUGCAAAGGAAAUGCAUGGCUCAAUUUAAAGAAAAUCAUAUAUACAAACCCAGGAUUUGAAUGCAUUCAGUAACAGAAAAGCUAAUCAAGUCCUUGUUCAUAGGAACCAGCCGAGCAGUGUGUCUGACAAUCACAUGAUUGAGGUUUACCAGUAAAUGAGCCCAGAGCAGCCCUGGUAUUGGUAAUCAUGUUGGAGACACAUCUCAUGGUGUGACAGCAUGUUAGGAGUAAAAAUAUGUAUGAAUCCUGCUUGGUAGAAUUUGCUGUGAAGAAAAUUAAUCAGAGUAAUUUUUGGAUUUUAUUAGACAAUUACCCACCUUGCCUAAGCUUUAUUGUAGAGCAUAAUCAUACAGUAUUCAUGCUACAUGAUGAUUAUCAUCCAAGCCUGGUGUUCCAGAUGGCACCACCGUCAUAUCUUUAGAAAACAGACUUUGCUUCUAAACAUGCAGCAUAAAGCGGUAAAAUGCUUUAUGGAUGGGCCUCAGCCUUGCCUGGAGCUGCCUUAAACUUGCUCUUCGAAUGAUGCAAUGCCAUGUAUUUCAUCCGUACAGCACCAACAGCGGCAUGUCACUCGAAGCCAUCCUGCUCCACAUAUGACCGCAAAUGAGCAUAAACUCUAGUUUACCCCUCGGUCCCCCACAGCGCUCCACGCUGCUUUGAAGAGCAGCGUGUUCAUGUCCAUCUGGCAGGAGAGAUAGAUUUAUAACAGCACAUAUGCGAUCAGAUGAAUGUAGAUGGCAGAAAGGCUUUGAUCUCUACAUGAAGGCUUAGUUCUUAUUAAGACAAUGGGUCUGGAAAUAUUGCUGUUGCUGGCUGGAUUUCUUCCUUCAAAUAAAGUGCAAUGAGGGUUCUGCUGUGCUGGACGUUCCAACUGCAUCUUUGAAUUCAAUUGCAGUGAAUUGCAGAGUAAAGGGGAGUUAUGGAAUAACAGAACAGCAGGGUUAUUCAAAAGGAUUCAUUUGAUUUCAAAAUGAUUUAUUUCACAUGUAAAUCAUUACAGAACAAUGCAGUAAACUGUAAAUGAAUUAAAUGAGACGUUUAUUAUGUGAUUUUAUAAGUUCUCAAUAUGAACCUCCUCCAGCUAUACGGACAAUAUCAGCACCAUAGUCAAACUCAUCCCAUACUCGAUUGUGCAUGUUGGGUGUCGCUGCACUCACAGCUCUUUCAGUGCGAUUUCAGAGAUCAUCCAGUGGAACCAACGAUGAAUGCUCUGAGCUGUUGGAGCUUCACU